AUGGAGCAACUUGAGCACUUUAGUCACAAUCAUCCACUCAACCUUGUCCAACUACAGCCAAACCACAAUGAAGAGGAAGAUGUAGAUGACUUUGUGGUUGAAGACCACCAUGUUGGCCAAUGCAACAUGUGUGAGGAAGACAUCUAUUCAUUUCACUUGCGUUACUACACUUGCAAGAAUUGCAACUACUCUUUACACAAUUUUUGUGCAGAAAUCCACAAAACCCUACAAGACCACCCAUUACAUAAUCCUAACCACAAUCUUACCUUGUCCAAGGGAUUUCAAGAUCUAGAUCUUUAUUUUAGUUUAGAUAAAGAAUGGACCUGUGGUUUAUGCAAUCAUAAGCAGAAGAACUUGUUCAAUUACCAUUGUUCCAUUUGCAAAUUCAAUAUGGACAUAAUUUGUGCUACCAUGUGUGAUAGAUGUCGACACUAUGUCCACAUUCACUGUGCAACUUCAAAGUACGGCCAGUUUUUGCGCGCAGGUUGUGGAAAGAUUUGUAAAAAUUUCAAAGAUGAUGACCAUCCUAAUCUUCUCUGUUGUCGAUUUCCUAAUGAAAGUUACAAUCUUCUCAAGCACCAUUUUAUCAAUAAUGAGAAGGACUUUGUAGUAAUUGAUGAAAACCAUGGUGAACCGCUCAAACAUCUUACUCAUAAUCACCAACUGGUUCUUGUAGACAAGCAAACAUCACUCAAUAAGAAUUCGAUUUUACUUCACAUCCCCUUGAAGAAAAUUCAACUAUUAUGUGAUGGAUGUGUGAAACCAAUCACAGAAAUACCAUUUUACAAGUGUUUAAAAGAUGUUCGUCUAGAUUGUGGGUUUGUUCUUCAUGAGUGGUGUGCUAGGCUACCCCCUAAAAUAGAAGACCACCCUGGGCAUCUAAACCAUACACUUUUUCUCAUGCCAAACAUUACUACUGAAAUGUUUCAUGUUUUUGGGUGUAAAAUUUGCAUGUUACCUUCCAAUGGUUUUUCGUAUGGAUGUAGGACUUGUGAGUAUUAUGUAAUUGUCAAUUGUGCAUUCCUACCCAAAGAAAUCACGCAUGAAGCUCACCCUGACCAUCUUCUCUCAAGAAUAGAUACUUCAUCCAGUUUAUCGGAUACACCACGCGAUGCAUGUGGUAAUUACCUAAUAAAUUGCAUUGCAUUCUUUUGCCCUUCAUGCGAUUUAUACUUGGAUACACAGUGUGCUUUUAUGUUGCCUGGAUUGAUUAGGCACAAGUACGAUAAGCAUCCAUUGACCCUAAGAUACAAUCCAGUCGAGAACCAUCCUGGCGACUACUUUUUUGAAAUUUGUGAGGAAGAAUUUAACCCAGAAUCUUGGUUCUAUCAUUGUGGCACUUGUGUCCAGUCUAUGCAUACUGCUUGUGCACCCUUAAUCAUUCAGUCUGAGCAGGCUGUAUAUACCCAUUAUAAGAGAUCUAUUUUCUAUUUCGCUAAUGUCAAGUUUAGAGGGACGUUUCGGUUAAUACAACACCGACAUCUUCUAACAUUUACUCAAGGGAUCAAGUCCCAUGGUAAUUGCUAUUACUGUCGUGAAAAAUUGCAGUAUAGGAUGAUCUUUAAUUGCUUGAAAUGCAUGUACACAGUUCAUAAUGAGUGUCAUCAACCUGUCAAUGUACUAAGAGUGCUAGUAUUCCUACACCUUGCAUGGUAG